AUGCGCGUUUGGCUGCUGUUGCACGGAGUUGCGGGUAAGUUAACGUUUUUUAUGGACGUGUAAUUUUUUUUUCAAUUUUUAAAAUUUUUUUUGAAAAAAAUUGUAAUUUUUGGUUGAGACAUGAUACCAACAGUAAAAAAUGAUUCUUACACUAAACUGUUUUAGCUCUGUGUACAAUAGGACAUAGUGCAAUAUUUAACAAAUUAUCACAUGCAAAAUCUACUACAAUAUCCCCAAAAUCAACAAAAUCAUUGUCGACAAACACGAUAAAACUGGGUCAAUUAUGUAUGACAGUAGAGCACUUCCGUGCAUUUCCAAAUGAUACUCAGAGUUUCUACGAAUGUGCACCAUUAGCUGAAGAAGAGCGUAAAGAAUAUGACAUACAAGGAAAGUACCUUGGUAUAUGGACAAAGCGAAAAUGUUCUGCAGAGCACGCUUUUGAUGCCGGGAAACAAAAGUGCGUUGAUAAGAAGAAACUUCAUAGGCAUCGUGCGCAAUGUCAAUUGAAUCCUGGUACUACGGGUUGUCAACAGUACUGUCAACCAACGGAAUGGGCUCAACCUCAGGUUGGAGCGGCAUGUAACUGGCAGUAUAGUUUGUUGUAUUACACUCCGGAAGACACACAUGGAUUUUUACAGUGUGCUCAGACUAGUGCUUCGUAAGUUUAAAUAUAUAAUUGUAACGUAUAAUGUACAUGAUGGCAACGGAAAUUUUUUUAUUUGAAUAUAAUUGAAAUACUUAAAUAUUUGUAAAAAUUUAUGACAAACUUUGGCUUGUUUUAUUAAUACUACGUAUUUUACAGUGACCCUUGUGGUGAAUGGAUCCGAAUCGAUUGCCCAAUAAACACUGCUUUUGAUAUCAACAUACAAUUGUGUAUUCCGUUAGUAUUUGAAGUUGAUACAUGUUCAGCAGCAAACCAAGUAGCUGUAUGUAAAUGUGGAACUAAUUCUCAUACUUGUCCUGGAAUUUCACAAUGCACUAACGUAUGUUGUUUUAAAUAUAAAAUUUUUUUAAAAGCAAUUUAACUUAAAACGUAUUUUACAAAAAUUUAUAAAAAAAUUUUACUUUUGAAAAGUUCUGAUUUUAAAAGUUACUUGUAUAUCUAUGUAAUUUAGAACGUAUGCUGCGCUACUGUAAACCCAUACGAUUUAUUGUCAUAUGACAACCCGUCAUCGUACCAAGCGUCAACUUCAGUAUGUGCUGGUAGUGGAACAUACCCUGUUUCUAUGUGCAAUCCCAGCUGUCCUCCAAGUAUGUUUUAUAUGCCGUAGUUAUUUAUAUCGUAUUUUAAAAAGGAAUAGCAAAACAUUUUUAAACAUUACAUAUAAGUCUUAUGCUUAUAAAUAUAAUAUUAUUUACCUCAAAUAUAAACUUCCCAAGACUUUUACAAGUUAUACCUUUAAUAUCAACAUUUAAACACAUGACAACCUAAAUUUAAGCCUAUACCUGCCAACCAAAUGUGGGUUGUUGUCCAGUCAUAUCCGUAGUGCCAGCGGCACCCACGCCAGCCCCAACACCAGCUCCAGUUGCUCAAACGCCACAAACAAUUGUUUUACAAUUAACAAGUUGUCCAGCAAGCAAUUCUCAGCCAGUUUCAUCAUGUGGUUCUUGUCCUACUGGCUACAUUUGUGCUCCUUUACUUGGGGCUUGUUGUCCGGCACCGGCUCCAACAACUGCUCCCGCACCACCACCUCCGCCGCCUCCACCACCAUCACAACCAAUUGUCAUGCUUUGUUCUAGUAGGUUUACUUAUGGAAUUUUUUUAACUUUAAAGUCAUCGUUACAAGUGAAAAAACUUACUUUUUUUUGUUUUACAUCAAAAAGAUAACUAAAACACUUCCAGAUGGCCAAAUGCCAACCUCAACGUGUGCUCCAUCUUCUCCUUGUCCAAGUGGUUCGAGUUGUACUAACGGUGUUUGCUGUCCAUGCCAAUGCCCACCGAACACCAUGAUGUUGGGUAUUUGUCUACCGGCAGCGCCGGCUCCUUCAGCACCUACUCAAGCACCAGCUCCUGCUCCGUCGCCUUGUUCAUCCAGCGGUGCUAUGUGUUACAACGGAUGUUGUUGCUCUGCUCCACCGAAGAUGCCCGUUUGUUCAAACGGCCAAAUGUCUGCUCAGAGUUGCGCCAGCACGGCGGUAAGGUUUUAAUUGGCUAUAGUAAAACUUUUGAUAAUCUUUUGUAAAUCUAUGAAGGAUGCGUCCUUUUAUUUGUACUUCCAUACCUGAUGUUAUUUAUUUGUAGCAAUGCGGAUCAGGAAUGGAAUGCUCUAACGGCGGAUGCUGCCCCAUCCCCUACUGUCCAACCGGUCAACAAGCAAUUGGUCGUUGUUCACAAGGUCAAACCUGUGGCGGAGGUAACACAAUUUGCUUGGAAGGCCUAUGUUGCACUCUCCCAACUUGUUCAUCCGGACAACCAGCACAAUCAAUAUGUACUGCAACUACCCAAUGUCCACCUCAAACCGUCUGCCAAAAUGGAGGUUGUUGCGCUUUACCAAUGUGUCCUACCGGCACUCCAGCGUCUUCAACAUGUUCGUCAUCCUGUUCUCAACCUCAACCAAUUAUAAUUUCUAUACCUGCAAUAGCUUCACCUGCACCAGCGCCACCAAUGCCUUCACCUCAACCGGUGACUUCUUGUUGUUCAGCUGGACAGCAAUGUGUUAACGGAGGUUGUUGCACAUUACCAACAUGUUCUACAUCAUCACAACCAGCUAUUAUGUUAUGCACAGCAACCACACCUUGUCCAUCUGGAACUGAAUGCAGUGGUAGAGGAUGCUGUCCUUUACCAUUGUGCCCAAGUGGUCAACAAGCGCAGCAAAGAUGUAGUGUUAGUACGCCUUGUCCAGUUGGUACUACCUGCACUAGUGGACUAUGUUGCACAUUGCCAGUAUGUACAUACGGUGGACAAGUAGCUAGCAGUUUUUGUGGUACAUCUAAUGCAUGUCCCACUAAUUAUUAUUGUGAACGUGGGGCAUGUUGUCCUGAGCCAAUACCUUUAUGUCCGUCUGGUGGUCGUUCUGUUAUGCAGUGUGUACGAGGGUCAGACUGUCCAACUGGGUAUGGAUGUACGGCUUCUGGAGGUUGUUGUCAAUUGGUCAAUGACUUUAUAUGCCCGAUUAAUGCAUUACCGGUAUGUCAAUGCAGUCCUACGAUGUCUUGUCCGGUCGGCAGUGCUUGUAACUCUGGAAUGUGUUGUACUACAAGUAAGUGGAUUUGAAAAUGGCACUAUCCGCUAAAAUUUUUCAAUAAUACGUUUUUUAGUCUAGUCAAAGUAUAGCUACUUGAAGUGCUUGUCUGCAUUUGGAUAUUUGCAUUGUUUUUGUGGAGAUAUGAUAUUCCUCUACUAUACUGUUAUUAACCUUACUUUUUAGGUCCAUCAGUAGCAAUGGCAGCGCCAGGGACAGGUUGUCAAGCUUCUCAACAAUGUUCAGGCUACUCUUCUUCAGGUCCAGGUGCCUUAUGUCAAGGUGACAUUUGUGUUUGUAUUAAAGGUGCUUUCUCUAACGGAGCCGCUUGCAAAUCGGAAUCACCAUUGGUGAUUAACAUUGCUCGUGGAGGCUGUGAUCAAUAUGGCAGUCCAUGUAAAUAUAUGUUAAGUUCGGCUAGACGACGUCCAGUGUUUUCUCCAACCAAGAAUGCUACUGAUACACCGUGUAAGAAUUUUUAAAAGUUUUUUGGCCAAGUUCUACAAUUUUAAAAUUUUUUUUAUUAGAACGGGCUGAGUAAAAUAAAAACCUAAACAAAAAUGACUCAAAAAUUGAAAUUUGUACCAAAAUUUCCAGUAUGGUACAACACAGCGGCAGCCACAAUAAGACGUUGCCCAAGAUCUUCGCCAGAUAAUUCGACCAGUCCUGAUAACACAUGCUUACCAAAUGAAACUUGCGUCAAAGGGGAAUGUAAAGUGUAAGUUUUGUAACUUUGUUGUAGUUUGUAACGGUUGUUUUAAAAAAAACAGUUGGACGUAUUUUACAAUUUUUAUACAGUAACCCCUUUUUAGUAUGGCCAUCAAAAGUGUGACACCCUUCUUAUAAUGAUAGCUUUUUGACCGCUUUUCGUAAUAGAAGUCGUAGUAAAAAUUACUUGGGUAGUGUGACACCUAGUUAAAGCUGGUGUUGCUAUAAUAAUUUACCUUUGUAGACGUCUCUGGCCAGGGGAAUACGGGUGCGAUUCAAAUGAAGAAUGUAUGUCAAGAUGCUCGAAUACUUAUUGUGAACACAAAACUGAUAAAGGUGUUUCACAAUGCCAAUGCUCUAAUGGUUUACUGCUUUAUGGACGUUGUUGUAGGUUUAACUUUCGUUUCUUUAAAAUUCGAAACAUUAUUGAGCAUUGUAAAAUACGCUUUAUAUAACAAUGACCGAAAAUAAAAAUUUUAAAAGUCAAUGUUUAAAAUCAAAGUUAAAAAAUUUACCAAAUUUUAUUUUAGUCGAAGUAUGUCCAAAAGGUUUUCACGAAAGCGGCGCUGUAUGUGAACACGACGAUGAAGAUGCGUUUUGGGCUAGUCCGGCGGCCCAAAAUGCGUUACAGAAACUGUUGAACACGGGUAGUUGUUAA